GCUGGGAUUCCAGUCCGCGGGAGACGGGGGGCUGCUACGCGCGUGAGGUGUCGCGACGAGAGUAAAGGCGGUGGCGACGCAGACGACGCUGCCUUAGACAAAGAAGCAAGGACUUGACAACCGGACUGGGGGGAGGGGGGAAAACGGGAGGAAGAAGCCGGGGACACAGAACUACAACUCCCAGAAGGCGCCGGGCUUGCGGGGCCGAAAAGCCCGACGGGACGGGUAGUUUUGCGCACGGCCCUACCUGGAGGCCGGCGGCUGAAGUCCUGAGAUUUGGGUCGCCGGGAGUGGGGGAGAUGGAGCUGGAGCAGAGGGAGGGGACCAUGGCAGCCGUGGGCUUCGAAGAGUUCUCAGCACCACCGGGCUCGGAGCUGGCGCUGCCCCCGCUCUUCGGCGGCCACAUCUUGGAGAGCGAGCUGGAGACCGAAGUGGAGUUCGUGUCGGGCGGUCUGGGCGGCUCGGGGCUCCGAGAGCGGGACGAGGAAGAGGAGGCAGCCCGGGGUCGGCGGCGCCGCCAGCGGGAACUGAACCGCCGGAAGUACCAAGCCCUGGGCCGGCGCUGCCGGGAGAUCGAGCAGGUAAACGAGCGCGUCUUGAACAGGCUCCAUCAGGUGCAGAGGAUAACUCGGAGGCUCCAGCAGGAGCGCAGGUUCCUCAUGAGGGUCCUGGACUCCUAUGGCGAUGACUACCGGGCCAGCCAGUUUACCAUCGUGUUAGAGGACGAGGGCAGCCAGGGCACAGAUGCCCCCACCCCAGGCAAUGCUGAGAAUGAGCCUCCAGAGAGAGAGGGGCUGUCCCCACCCAGAAGGACUCCUGUACCCCCAGAAUCCAGCAGCCCAGCCCCUGGUGAGGGGUCUAGUGGGAGGAAGAGGCGGAAGCCACCUCGGGAAGGAGGCCGAGCAGGAGCAGCGCUGACUCCGGAUCUGGCACCUGUGCAGAUUAAGGUUGAGGAAGACUUUGGCUUUGAAGCAGAUGAGGCCCUGGAUUCAAGUUGGGUUUCUCGGGGUCCAGACAAACUGCUGCCCUACCCUACCCUGGCCAGCCCACCCUUUGACUAAUCCCACUCCAAUAAAUGACAUCAUCCCCCCCAGCUGCC